CCAAUAUCCCUCGACAGUAAAGGGGCGACCUCUUCUCGUAGAAAUGCCCGCACCCGCGACCCGGGCGUCAAAGUCGACAUUGUCGCAGACGACGGGAGGCAGUGGAUACGCGUAAACACAAUAAAAAAUUCGCGAAUACUAGCCGAACUGCGUGAAAUGGACUCGUAUUCAACGGGAUCUGACUCCGACUCCGAAAUCGACGACAUACCUUCUUCCCGGGUCGUCGAUGCAGGUGGUAAUGAAGGGAAUUCGCUCCUGCGCAUGGGUCGCUCGCUACUGGAUGCCGCUCUGGUAAAUCCUGUGAACUACUCUGACUGUUCCGUGACACCCACCGUGACUAUGCUCCUCCCUCGGCUGGACCUCUCAAAUGCAUGCGAUUUCGACCCACGAAUACAGGAAACUGUAGUUUUGCUCCGCAAGUGGGGCAUUGAUACACGCACGGGAGAAGAGGCCAUAAGCCUCGAUGAAAAUCUGCAUGAACGAUUCGCCUCGCAUGGUCCAAGCACACGGGAACUUCGAAUCACCACAAGGAUCAAUCUUGAUCUCUCAAUGCUCAUCGCUCUGGUCUCCGAUCUCACACAUUCACCCUUGCCAUCAAAUGAAGAUGAGGCUAGGCAACGCUUCGUACCCUCAGAGAGCUACCGACUCUGGAAAAAUGGUCGCAUAGCUUCAGGAUAUCGUACCGGAGCUCAAGAUGACGGUUCCGAUAUCAAAUAUUCCCGGGCUCUUACAACUCAAGUCAUACAAGAGAUGCGCAGCAGUCUUCUUCUAGAUAUUCACGACAGGUUACAAUCCGCAUCUCCUGGCGCGAUCCGAUACGAAGGGGCAGUCACGGAUCAGCCUGUUCAGCACUCGACAUUGAGUGAUGUAGAGUUCUGGACAACCCCUGAUGCG